AUGCCAGGCCGCCUUCCCGGGACUCUUCGAGGACGUCGCCCGCGGCCAGCAGCAUUGGCGUGCUCAGGGGGCCUCGUCACCGAGAACCUGGACGCCAUUACAAUCCAGCCUGGCAUGGCCCGCGCCUUCAUCUCCCAGGGUAACUUGCAUGUGGUGGCCGCUCGGGCCAAGGGCGAGGACCACCGCAGGAAGAUCCUGGGUGUCCUGAGUUCGAUCCACCGUGCGCUGGUCGCCGACCGGGAUCGGGCCGCCCAGCGCGACAUCGAAUUUGUGUUCUCCGUGGAGGACAAGGUCGAGGACGUCACAAACCCGGAGCACCCCGUCUGGGUCUUUGCGCGCACGCCGACCGAAGAAGGUGUCUGGCUGAUACCCGACUUCAGCUUCUGGGCCUGGGAUAACCCCAACAACUACAUCGGCCCUUAUGACCAGGUCGUGGACCGCAUUCAGCGACUCGAUAUCCCCUGGGACGAGAAAAAGCCCCAGCUCGUGUGGCGCGGAAAGCCCAGUUUCGCCCCCAAGCUGCGUCGGGCGCUGAUGGAGGCUGCCCGAGAUAAGCCGUGGGGUGAUGUCAAGCAGGUGGAGUGGUCGACGGGGACCAACGUCCUCAAAAUGGAGGACCAUUGUCAUUACAUGUUCAUUGCCCACGUUGAAGGUGUGUAUCAUUUUUCCUUUCUCUCCAGACCGUUUGGCGGACACCAGAUGAGUUUUGCGUUAUCAGUGAUGGAAUGGCCCACUGACGAAAUCUCGGUAGGACGAUCCUACUCCGCAUCCCUGAAAUACCGACAAGCCUGCAACUCCGUCAUCGUUGCACACAAACUCCAGUAUAUUCAACAUCAUCACUACCUCUUGGUUGCCGAAGGACCGAACCAAAAUUACGUCGAGGUCGAGCGCGAUUUCAGCGACUUGGCCGAAAAGAUCGAACCCCUUGUCCACAACACCGCCGCCGCCGAGCGCAUCGCGCAAAACAGUGUCAAGACCUUCCGUGAGCGAUAUCUGACCCCGGCCUCCGAGGCCUGCUACUGGCGCGCCCUGUUCGAUGGAUACAGCAACGUGUGGAAUAGCACCGUCAAUCCGUGGUCUGUCCGGCACGGCAAAGAACGCGGACUGCGAUACGAGUCAUUUUUGCUCCUGGAAAGCCCAGAGCAAUUCGAAUUCAAGGCCGAGUAUGCAUUCUCGGGACUUGCUGCAUAG